AUGGAGCAUAGGGCUCAACUCUAUAAGGAUCCCGAAGGACAACCGAUUGAUGCAAUUGAAUAUCGAAGAGUCAUUGGUUGUCUGCGCUCUCUCCUUCAUACAAGGUCAGAUCUUUCUUAUGCUGUUGAUGUUGUCAAUAUAUUCAUGAAGAGGCCAACUGAGAUACAUCACAAGGCAGUGAAGCAGGUGCUUCGAUACCUUCAAGGCACUAUACACUUAGGUCUAGUGUUUCGAAAAGGAGGUGAUGACGAGGAAAUAAUGGGUUACUCUGAUAGUGAUCUUGCAGGUGACCUAGAUGACCGGAAAAGUACGGGGGGCAUGGCGUUUUAUAUUAACGAUAGUCUUGUUUCGUGGAACUCCCCAAAACAGAAGACAGUGGUAUUAUCCUCAUGUGAAGCAGAGUUCAUGGCUGCAGCAGCGGCAGCGUGUCAAGCACUUUUGUUGAAAUCAUUGUUGUUUGAACUAAGUGGUUCGAAACCUAAGGUAGUGAAGCUCUACGUCGACAACAAGUUUGCACUUGCACUCAUGAAAAACUCAGUUUUUCAUGGUCGUAGAAAACCCAUCGACACGAAAUAUCAUUUCAUUCGAGAGUGUGUUGAAGGAAGUCAAGUCAAAGUAGAGUUUGUUCGAAUGGAUGAACAGAAGGCCGACAUACUUACGAAGACUUUGCCAGCAUCAAAACUGGUGAUGAUGCGACACCUAAUCGGUGUUCGUAAUCUCGAACCACGCCAGGACUAA